GAGGCCAAGGCUAAGCUCAUGUUGCCAGCGCCAUUUUGCUGCUCUCAGAUAAGGCCCUGCGUGCUUUUCCAAAAUCCUUCUUGGCAAAGAACGAAAAAUUAGAAAACACUCAUUUUCCAUUGAUGGGCACGCAUAUUCUCACUCCAAGAUAUUCUGCGCUGGGUUUUGCUGCUCCUUCAUCUUCCAGGUAAAACAUUGAACCCCCCGUUUAAUGUAAAAUGGGGUUUGUUUUAGUGUUCUAAUUCAAUUCCUCCCCCUAGAGAAAAGCUUCAAAAGAGUGAACAAUUUUGGGUAAGAUUGCAAGCUUAAGAACUUGAAAGUUUGAGAUUGAAAUUGGGUGUGUUUCAUGGUUUCAGUGAAAGUCUACAGCUACUGUUGUUUUCACUGGUUAAGUAUAGACUGUAACACGAACGUUGUAAAAUUCCAUAUAUGAGAACUCAAAACAACUGUUAUGUUUGACAGAUGAUUUGGACAUAAGUACUUCGAAAUUUAGGGUUCUGAAAUGGGGUUAGUUUUGAGUUUUUAUGGAGAAACUGCAGAACACUGGUAACAUAUAUUUGGUGAGUGAAAACAAUCUGAAAAUAACCACUUUCUGCCAAGAAUUCACCCUGAAAGUUUUAAAAUUUAGGGUUCGGGGAUUGAGUUCAGUGGACUUUGUAUGGUACUUAUGUGAAAAAACUUAAGUUUCCUUUCUAGCGAAGGAUAUUUGGUUUCUAACUGAAUGUGUUUGACCCCUGAAAAUUUAGUACUUUACCAUUUCUAGUAAAGACUUGGAACUCUCUGAAUCAAAUUAGGAAAAGGAGGAAGCAUUUGCCAUUCCUCCAUCCUUUGGGGAAAGGAAGCAAAAUCAAAUGAAUGGCUGGCGCCUUCUCAUCUUCAUCAACAUUCCUGUCAUCUGCUAAGCAUGUUGCCUGUUGCUCCGACAGUAGUAGCAAAACCCACUAUGUCUCCUUCCCUGUUUCCACUUCUUUCCAUAAACACAAUAGCAAUAGACCCUCUCCUCUUCAAAGAAGGUUGCCUUUCUUGCACAGAGGAGGAGGAGGUGGCCAUGCAGCAGCAGCUGUUCGAGGGAAGCCGAAAGAGAUGGUGUUGGGAAACCCCUCGGUGACGGUGGAGAAAGGAAAGUACAGCUAUGACGUGGAGACCCUCAUCAACAAGCUGAGCAGCCUACCUCCUCGAGGAAGCAUUGCGCGCUGCCUCGACGCCUUCCGCAACCGCCUCUCCCUCGCCGACUUUGCCCUUGUCUUCAAGGAGUUUGCCCUCCGUUCUGACUGGCAGCGCUCCCUCCGCCUUUUCAAGUACAUGCAGCGCCAGCUCUGGUGCAAGCCCAAUGAGCCCAUCUAUGCCCUCAUGCUCGGCAUUCUUGGCCGCGAGGGCCUCCUCGAUAAGUGCUCCGAGGUCUUUGAGGAGAUGCCGACGCAAGGUGUCCCCCGCUCUGCCCUCUCCUUCACUGCACUCAUCAAUUCCUAUGGCCGCAAUGGCCAGCAUGAAGUGACCCUCCACCUCCUUGGGCGCAUGAAGAGGGAGAGAGUUGCACCCACGGUCCUGACCUACAACACCGUGCUUGCUGCUUGUGCUAGGGGAGGGCUUGAGUGGGAAGGUUUGCUGGGCUUGUUUGCCCAGAUGCGGCAUGAUGGAGUGCGCCCGGACAUCGCCACGUACAAUACGUUGCUCAGUGCAUGCGCAUCGCGGGGCCUUUCUGACCAGGCUGAGACCGUCUUCCGGGCGAUGAAUGAGGCUGGUGUCCUGCCUGAUGUGGCGACACACAAGCAUCUCGUGAGUGCUUUUGAGAAGGUUGAACAUCUUGAGAAGGUAUCGGAGCUGCUUGCUGAGAUGGAGUCAUCAGGGAAUCCACCAGAUGUGCCUUCAUACAAUGUCUUGGUGGAAGCACAUGCUAGGUCAGGAUCGGUGAAGGAGGCAGUGGCUGUGCUUCGGCAGAUGCAGAGGGCGGGCUGCGCACCCGAUGCAUCAACCUAUGGGUUGUUGCUUGACUUGUAUGGCAGGCAUGGGCGGUACGAGGAGGUGCGGGGCCUGUUCCUGGAGAUGAAGGCGGGAGGCACUGAGGCUGAUGCGGCCACCUAUAAUGUGUUGAUCGGGGUUUUUGGAGAGGGAGGGUACUUUAGGGAGGUGGUCACCUUGUUUGAUGAUAUGAUUGAGGAAAAGGUGAAGCCUGACAUGGAGACUUAUGAGGGCUUAAUAUAUGCUUGCGGAAAGGGUGGCCUCCAUGGAGAUGCGAGGCGGAUACUGUUGCAUAUGCAGGGGAAUGGAAUUGUCCCGAGUGCAAAGGCUUACACUGGAGUCAUUGAGGCUUUUGGACAGGCCGCACUCUAUGAGGAAGCAAUUGUCGCUUUUAAUACAAUGCAAGAAAUCGGGAGCGUACCAACAAUUGACACCUACAACUCUCUUAUAAACAUGUUUUCCAGAGGGGGGCUUUAUAAGGAGGCCCAGGUUGUUUGUUCCCGCAUGAAUGAGGCAGAUGUCCAGAGAAAUGACGAAUCAUUCAAUGCGCUGAUUGAAGCAUUUAGCCAGGGUGGGCAGUAUGAAGAAGCUUUGAAGACAUAUGUGGACAUGCAGAAGGUGAGAUGCAGCCCAAAUCAACGAACUCUGGAGGCGAUCUUGUAUGUUUACUGUUCGGCUGGUCUAGUUGAGGAGAGCAGAGAAACUUUCCUUGAAAUUAAGGAGUCUGGCGCAAUGCCUACUGUCGAUUCCUACUGUUUGUUGCUCUCAGUUUUUGCAAGGAGUAACAGGUUGGAUGAUGCACAUGAGCUAUUGGACGAAAUGAGGACAAACAGAGCAUCCAAUGCUCACCAAGUUAUUGGAACAAUGAUAAAGGGAGAAUAUGAUGACGAUUCUAACUGGCAGAUGGUGGAAUAUGUGUUUGAUAAGUUUGUCUCUGAUGGAUGCGGUUCAGGAUUGAGAUUUUACAAUGCACUGUUGGAUGCAUUGUGGUGGUUGGGUCAGAAAGCUCGUGCAGCAAGAGUGCUCAGUGAAGCAACCAAACGUGCUCUCUUUCCUGAGUUAUUUCGACACAGCAAGCUUGUGUGGUCUGCAGAUGUGCACAGGAUGUCUGUUGGGGGUGCACUGACUGCUCUAUCAAUAUGGCUGAACGACAUGCAUGACAAGCUAGCAAAUGGGGAUGAUCUUCCUCAACUCGCAUCCAUCGUAGUUGUGCGAGGUGUUGUAGAGAAGAGCAAAGAGGCAGGUGGAUUUCCUGUGGCGAGGGCCGUCUACUCAUUUGUAAAGGAGCAGGUGCCGCCAUCCUUCUCCAUCGGUGGGUGGAACAAGGGACGGAUUGUUUGCCAUCGCUCUCAACUAAAGCGUAUAUUUCCCCUUCGGGAAGGGGAUCGUACUAGGAAGGUGUUGAUCCAGGUUGAGAACUCAUCUCUACACAGUAUUGGAACCACAAGAGGUCAAGCAAAUUCUGAUGAUCCCGGUCACAAACAAGCAAGAGAAGAGCUGAUGCAGGCCACAUGAGAAAAAUUGGCAGGGGACCAAGGUUGAUGGCCUUCUCUUAUGAGAAACUUCAGAGGUUUGAACCUCAUUCAGCGCCCAAACUGUUAUGUCUACUGCAAAAUGGCAAGUGGGAAAGCUGUUUUGGUUUCUUUUUGAAGAAACUUUGAGGGUUCUAAUUUUUGACUAUCCUUACCCAAACUGAUGCGUUCACCACUAAGCGGGAGGUUAGGGGACUGCGUUGGUCUUGUGAGAGAAGACAUCCAAAGAGGAUCUCAGGUAGCCCUUGGGGAGAGCUGCUGUUGCGCAAUUUUUAUUUGGGUGAUUUGGAACCCCCCCUUCAUGUAUUUUAAUGUAAGGCUGUAUGUGUUAUAAUUUCUUGGAUAAUGGAAGAUCAUGCUUGAAAUUGAAAAUUUUUCUUUGUUUUUUCUUCUAUACUUUUCGUCAAGGCCUGGCCUUUGCCAGGCCAAGCUUUUUACAAUUUGUGAACUCUAGGCGAGGAUGCUUAUCUAUGAUUUUUAUCGGUAUUGGCUGAUGUAAUGCAUGUGCUUGUAUUUGAUUUUUA